CCUAGAUAAGACAAUUCGAAUGACCACCUCACUGCAGGAUCCUUGGCCGUGGAGCACCUCCUCCUUGGGAAGGUGGCACGGCUAUGCAGUGAGUGCGUGCGUGCAUGCGUUGCGUUGCGUGUGCAGACGGAAGAUCUCCUGAUCUGAUGAUAUCAAGAGGAAACGGCCACCCAUUGUGUUUGCCGACCGUUGCUGCCAUCCGUUGAACUGAAAGAACCCAAUCGCUCAACUUACUUCACGUCAGAAACGCGAAACAAGACCACAUCGAAAUCAGACACAACACCACACUACCACCAUGGACUACGAAACCGCAGACGGCUCCCAGUUCUCCCUCCGCGAAAUCUGGACACCAUCAGAAGAGCCAGAAGAAAACGAAGAAGAGGAAUCCGAAGAAGAUACCACCAGCAACACCAGCAGCAGCAGCACACCCACCUUCGAAUGCACCCUAAUAACCGCCUUCGUCGACGGCCGCGCCUACGCCGGAAAAUCCCCCCAACGAAUCUCACAGAUGGACGACGUCGACGUAAUCCAAUACCUCGAACCCGUCCCGGACACGAACAUCUUCCCCCUCAUGCCCCCAGACUUCACUCGCGCUCCAGCCUUCUCCAUGUCAGACCACUACCUCAAAGCGCCCCAAUUCACCUACUCCGACACCCGUCCAGGUACAACUUUCGUCGCCGACCAACUCCGCUCCGAAGCCGCGAUCCUGGAACUUUUAUCAAAACAUCCCCAUCCCAGUAUUGUAGAAUACUACGGCUGUGUUUUACAAGAAAACUCACAACGUAUAACGCAUCUAUGCCUCAAACGGUGUUAUUGCAAUUUGGCAGAAUAUGCUUCUGUCGGCCUCUCGGAUGACGAAAAGGAUUCUCUACUGGAGCAGAUCCAAUCAGGACUCAAACAUUUGCAUUCACUAGGAUUGGCGCAUAAUGAUAUCAAUCCGGGAAAUGUCUGCGUCGAUGCGAGCGGGAAUGCCAAAAUUGUGGACUUCGAUUCUUGUGCACCUUUUGGAAAGAGGUUGGGGAAAGGGGUCGGGUGUGUGAGGGAUGCGAAUGGAAGGCCUGUGUCGGAUAAAAAGAAUGAUUACGAGGGGUUUAAGGAUGUGGUCGAGUUUUUGAGGAAAGAGAGGAAGAGGGUUUCGGCUUGCUAUCCGCAAGAUUGAGGUCUACUGCACCAGCGGCAUUCGACACGAAUGCUUCGCUACACGAUUCAUCGCAGGAUGUUGGCGUGCCAUGGACUACAAAUGUUGAAGAAACAUCGCUAGCUCUGAAUGAGCGCUCGAUAUGCUCAACUACACCUUGCCUCAUUAGUACGACUGGAAUAUUGGAACUCCGACCCGG